AUGGGGUAUUUGGUGCCAAUACAUCUUCUUGUAACCCUCGUCUUGGUAUCUGGGACGGUCUCAACGGAUAAAGAUGUGGAGACAGUAUUCAUCCAAGACCGUGUACCUUCCCUCCUAUGCUUACCAAAGAAUGUGACUGAUGUUGCAGGGAAAGUUGCCUCGCAUUAUGACGUAGAGAACGAGCCUUAUCAGAGUGAUAUGGACUGCACAUUUACCGUCAAUGCAAAACAAGGACAACAUAUAAAUAUAAGGUUCGACUAUUUUGAUGUUGCACGGUCAUACGACAGCCGCGAGGGAAGGUGUCGGUCUGAGGGCGAUUCGUUGUCAAUCUAUGAAUCUGGUAACCUCUUCCUCAUCAAAAGCAACAUUUUGUCACCAGAGGUACGACUGUGUGGCGGCACUGGCAAAUUUCCAGAUGACUACCAGUCUGUUAGCAAUGUGGUCACUGUACGAUUUAAAACGGAUGAAUACCCAAGCCCAGAUAAUGGCAUCAAGUUCACAUAUACAGCCUACUUAAAUCCACAAGAGCGAACACCAGACUGCUUCAUGUGCAACGAUGGUACAAUGUGUAUAGACUCCUCGCUGACGUGUAAUGGCAUGCCAAACUGUAACGAUGAUAGUGACGAGGAACCAAGUUUUUGUAAAUCAUCUACCAAUAUUUUUGAGAAGGGUAUUGAAACGCUAGGCGUACCCGUCAUGGCAGCGAUAGGGGCUGCAGUGGGUCUUCUCCUUCUCUGUCUAAUUGUUCUAUGUAUAGUCUGCUGCUGUUGCUGCUCCAAACGAAACAACCAAUCAGAACAGAAGGCGCAAUACAGGGCGCCCCCUACGCCAAGACCAGGUUCAUACCCUUCCCACAAUUCCAACUACUCGUCGUAUUCAUCGCAAGCGUCAAACGGCAACACGGCAGGGAGGCCCUACCCCAACUUUCCGCCUGGCUACCCUCCUUUCCACAACGGGGGAUACAGUGUAGCGUAUAACUAUGAGAACGGGAGGAUGGAGUUCCCGCAGAAAGUCUAGGGAUGCACCCCCAGGUUAUAUUAUGACUAUCACAUUGCAUAAGAAUUAUGAUGUACUUUUGCACUGUAGCAUAUAUCUAAUUUAAAAACUCACCUUUUUCUAUUAUUUAUACGUUUGUUUAUGGUGUAUGUCAUUCUGUCGGUGUGAAAAUGAUAUUCAUUUUUUGCUAAUAUGAAUGGUCAUUUUAUUUGGUACAGGUAUUACAUGCUCACCCCUUCAGAAAAUUAGAUAAUGGAGGAACAUACAGGUCACUUAUGCUUGUGGAAAUGUAUAUAGAGCUAGCGCUUAGCUCGGAUUCAAAUAAUGUAGCUUUUGUAUUGAUUAAUUAAUGUAAUAAAUAUACAAAAAGAUGUAUAAUAUCCUAUCAGCCCAGCUUAUUUUCCAUUCAGAACUAUAUUCUACAAUUGCCAAAGAUGUAGAACUGAGAAUUUUUUUCUUAUCUGUAUACAUGUCAGCAUCAUUGUUUUAAAUAGUAUUGUCACUGUAUUAAAAAAAAAUGUCCAAUUACAUGAAAAUGAACUGAGCAUUAGCAAAUUGUUUCAAACAUUAUGGGAAUUUUAUAUACUAUAUUUGUAUUGAACUUUUUUCUUAUGGGACCAAUGUUUGUUUUCUGGUUGCUAUGUAGAUUCCUAUUGUCUAACAAUGUGUAGGAUAUUGUUUUAUUAUGAUUAAUGAAAAAGAAGAAGCAAAUGUCACCAAGAAAUUGCAUAUUGUGGAUGAACAGAUACAAGACUGGUUGGCUAGAAUAUCUCAGCUGUUAUUUGUUGGAAUCAUGUUUUAGAUAUUAGGGUAUCCAACAGUAAAUCCUUUCAGUAGACCCUUUAACUGUACAAUAUUUCUUAAAUGAUCAUGAAAAGAAAGAGAAAACUUGCAAUAAUCAAUUUCACUCUAGUUUUCCUCUAAAAUAGUGAUUUUGAAGAA